CGUGUAUAGCGACGAGAGGUACUGAUGCUCCAGUCGCGUCUACGACAAUCAUCAACCUCCAUUGUAUGCAGAAUGUCGCAACAAGUCCGGAGGUUGCACAAGACUCGCUAUGAGCCCUUUGCGGCCCAUGUUGUCGAAGGGAGACCCACAGUAGAACACCGAGAGGAGUUCUGCGUGAUUAAUCCCGCGAAUGGCGAAGAUCUUUGCACAGUGGCUGCAGCAACCGCGUCGGACGUAGACCUCACCAUAAAUCAUGCCCACGCUGUGUUCACUUCAGGUACCUGGUCUCGUGCGACACCUUUGCACAGGUCGCAGGUGCUCACGAAACUGGCAAGAGCAUUGGAGACUAGGGUCCCGGAGUUUGCAGAGAUAGAGAUGAAGCAGACAGGCAGAGCGAUUAGGGAGAUGAGGGCUCAGCUGGGCAGGUUGGGAGAAUGGCUGGAUUAUUAUGCGGCGUUGCUUCGAACACAGGAAUCUUUCGUGGCGCCGACGCAGGGACAACUUCUGAAUUAUGUGCAGAGGGUCCCAUUAGGUGUCGUCGCACAAAUCACACCUUUCAAUCACCCACUUCUAAUCGCCAUAAAGAAGAUCGCGCCUGCAUUGGCAGCGGGGAACAGCGUAGUCGUGAAGCCAUCUGAGUUAGCUCCUAUAUCAGUACUUGAAUUUGCCGAGAUGGCGGUCGAAGCAGGAGUUCCACUUGGCGUGCUCUCCGUCUUACCAGGUUAUGGGCCAACAACCGGCGCUGAGAUCGUCUCGCAUCCGCUAGUGCGGAAGGUUGAUAUAACGGCUGGGACGACCACGGGGCGCGCGAUCGGGUCAGUCGUAGGUCGUAAUCUGGCUGCUUAUACGGCUGAACUGGGUGGGAAGGCCCCCAUAGUCAUUUUCGACAACGCAGACGUUCCCUCUGCGAUCAAUGGAGCCGCCUUCGCUUGCUUCGUCGCGUCAGGACAGACAUGCGUCUCAGGAACGAGGGUGAUCGUGCAGAGUGGGGUCUAUGAAGAGUUUAUGAAAGGGUUCUUGAUGAAGGUAGAGAGUAUCAGGAGACGGAUGGGCGAUCCUUCUAACCCCAGCUCCACUAUGGGAACCGUCAUCUCGCCUCUUCACCUCUCCCGGAUCCAUAAAAUGGUUUCUUCUCGCUCUUCAUCCACUAAGCUCCUCGCCGGUGGGGAGCCAAUGACUGGAGCAUCAGAUCUGGACGGGUUUGAGUUCUCGAGGGGGUGUUUUUAUCCGCCUACGGUUCUUGAGAAUGUUGGGACUGAGGAUGAACUGUGGAAGGAGGAAGUAUUUGGGCCUGUUGUUGUUGUGAAGAAGUUUGAGACAGAAGCGGAAGGUGUUAGGCUAGCCAACGACUCCAAAUACGGACUCGGUGCCGGUAUAUGGACGACAGACCUUUCGAGGGCCCAUAGGGUCUCUGGGAUGCUCGAGAGCGGACUGGUAUGGGUGAAUACGCAUCACAGAAACGAUCCUAGCUCGCCUUGGGGCGGGAUGAAGGAGAGCGGGAUAGGGAGAGAGAACGGAGUCGAGGCGCUGCAUGCUUAUUCGCAAAGUAAAUCGACGAUCGUCAACAUAGCGCCACCCGAGGAGAGUCGCGUGAAGGACGAUUGGUUCGCGGAGAGUGCAGAGGGGAAGAGGUAUGGUUAAGCCAGCGGCCAACGGAUAUGGUCUGAUCUUUUGAAGUCUCGGUAUUGGUAUCCUGCGUCGAUGUUUUAGUAUAGUCACUGCUGGAGAUGUUGGUGUAAGGUCGACUUUCUGCGCAGUGGUGGUCACCCCGACUUCGUCCAUGAAGCGCAGAAGACAAGAAUUUUACCUUUGCGGUGGUAUAUAUG